AUGCUUGAUGACUCUUGGGGUCCUGGAUAUGUGGCGAGGAAAAAAAGAAUACUUGAGGAUAGAACACACUUAGUCUGUCUCCUAUCCUAUGAGCAGAAGAAUAGGGAGGGCCUUCCAGAACGUCUCAAGAAGCACUCCCAUCAUGAAAAUAUCGUUUUAAAAAGGUGGGUACACAAAAUAGAGGACUGGAUCCCAUGGAAGAGUACUGGAUCCCAUGGAAGAGGACUGGAUCCCAUGGAAGCGGACUGGAUCCCAUGGAAGAGGACUGGAUCCCAUGGAAGAGGACUGGAUCCCAUGGAAGCGGACUGGAUCCCAUGGAAGCGGACUGGAUCCCAUGGGAGAGGACUGGAUCCCAUGGAAGCGGACUGGAUCCCAUGGGAGAGGACUGGAUCCCACAAACCCACACCCAUGGAAGAGGAUUGGAUCCCAUGGAAGAGGACUGGAUCCCAUGGAAGAGGACUGGAUCCCAUGGAAGAGGAUUGGAUCCCAUGGAAGCGGACUGGAUCCCAUGGAAGAGGACUGGAUCCCAUGGAAGAGGACUGGAUCCCAUGGAAGCGGACUGGAUCCCAUGGAAGCGGACUGGAUCCCAUGGGAGAGGACUGGAUCCCACACACCCACACCCUGGAAGAGGAUUGGAUCCCAUGGAAGAGGACUGGAUCCCAUGGAAGAGGACUGGAUCCCAUGGAAGAGGAUUGGAUCCCAUGGAAGCGGACUGGAUCCCAUGGAAGAGGACUGGAUCCCAUGGAAGAGGACUGGAUCCCAUGGAAGCGGACUGGAUCCCAUGGAAGCGGACUGGAUCCCAUGGGAGAGGACUGGAUCCCACACACCCACACCCAUGGAAGAGGAUUGGAUCCCAUGGAAGAGGACUGGAUCCCAUGGGAGAGGAUUGGAUCCCAUGGGAGAGCAUCCCACGGCGGAUCCUCCAUACACACCUGA